GCCAUCGAGAAGGGGACCUCGACAUUGCGUGAGCAUAUCUGGUGGAGAGGAAGAUCACAGAGAUCAAAAAGUGCGGUUGCAGACAUCAUCACAUCAUCAUGGCUGAGGGCGGGUGCAUGUCCCUGCUGGAAGAUCUGCUGAGUGAGAGGGUGCUCGUGCGGGAGAGGACGCUGGAGAAACUCAGCAGCCAGGUGAGCCGGUCAAAAGAGCAAAGCACAAAUGUGAUCUCUUCUGUGUGUUUGCGGUUGUCAGUUGCGCCAUGGUGCAGGAGACGUUGCUCAGCUCGAGGAUGCGCUGCUUUCGGUGCUCAGGGAGUACUCGACAGCAGCACAUGGCGCGGCCAGCAAGGCAUGGGCUCGAGCGCACGGCGGUCUAUCGGCUGCCGCACUCGUCAUGGAUGUCGGCUCGCUGGAGUUCGCCGCCGAGGUGCUCUCCCUGCUGGUCCAGCCCUCUGACGGAGAGCAUCCUACCGGACUGGUCAGCUGCCGAUGCACCUGAUCGGCUGGCGUGGCAUGGAUGUGUGUGUGUGUGUCCCUGGAUGUGUGUGCGCAGGCGUUCGAUCCAGAGCACCGUGUGCGUGAGGCAUGUGCCAAGGCCUCCCUGGGGUGCUUCAAGAGGCUCGGCGUGACCCACUACAAUGAGAUCAAGACCACCCUCAUGAGCUACGUCACGGCGCAGCUGCUGAAGGAGACCGCCGAGCCAAACGGCGCACACGCCACAGCAGCCACAAGCUUCGACACAUGCGGCCAUGCAGACCACCCGCAGCACACAGCGGCCCCUGCUGUGCAGUCGGGCCAGCUCGAGACCGCUCUCGACUGCAUCAGGGGGGCGGUGAGGGGCAUGGUCGAGCACGAGGCGGCCAGCCAGGCCCAUGAGCACGCCACUGACUACGACCAAGCCGCCCUUGAGAUCAUGGACGUCAUGUGUGCGGCCACGCUGCACGGCAACCGCUUUGUGAAGGAGGUGAGCUUCUUCGCCAUCGGGGAGUGCGGCAGCCUCAUCUCGGCUGACGCAUUCCGGUCGCAGUAUGCCUCGCGGGCGGCGAGCGUGCUGAGGGAAGGCCUGUGCGACAACUGGAGCCAGGUGCGGUACGCGGCCACGGUGUCCACGAGGAUGCUGAUGGACAAGUGCGGGCCGUCAUCGCGGCACGAGCACUUCCCCACUUUGCUGCCCGCCAUGUGUCUCAACAGACACUAUGUGGCCGAAGGGGUGCGCAACCUCAGCCAAGUGAGUGCCUCUGUGACGGGACGCACCAGCCCACACUCUCGCCGGCCAGGCACUGACUGAGCUGUUUGUGUUGUUGUUGUUGUUGUUGUUGUGUGUGGUUGUCGGUCGUGCCGUGCAGGACACGUGGCGACACAUCUUUCCUUCUGGUGCGGCGGGUCAUCUGUACGCUCACCUGACUGACGUGGUGGCCUUCUACGAGGCUUCGAUGCACCACCCCAACCACGCCGUGCGCGAAGCGGCGGGAUACUGCAUGUCGGAGCUCUGUAAGUGUGUGACCCACACGCACACACGCUCGACCGAUUGGUUCAAGGGUCACGUGUGUAUGGCCACUUUCUUUAGGCACCAAGGUGAUAGGUCCGAGGGUGCGUGGCGACCACCCCCUGCCCCCACACGCAGUGGACGCCGUCCGUCGGGUGGUGGGCAGCGCCUCAGUGGGGCUCAAGGACCACUCCUGGCCUGUCCGAGAGGCCUGCCUACGGUGCGUCGAGGCCAUCAGCGGGGCCCUGGACAUGGCUGAGAUGGGCCCCGUGGUGGAGGACGAGAAGGGCCUCUACUCGCUGCUCAUAUCGCACAUCAAUGACAACAUGCCGUCGCUCAGGUGGGUGGGUGGGUGCCUGAGGUGGUGAACGGAUGGAUGCGAUCGACGUACUCGGUCCGUGUGUGUGUAUAUGUGGUGUGGUGCAGGGUUGCGUCAGCGGAUGCCCUGGCUGCCUGGUCGUCCUUCUCCGAGGAUUGGCGGCACCGGCUCGUCCAGCACGUGUGUGACCAUGUGCUCGACGCUGAGAAGCAGCGGGUGGACCCCCAGGCCAUGGAGAGCAAGCAGCCGUUCCUCCCGAGCGGCCCCUUUGCCGUGGCCAGCAGCCACAUCGACCAGCCUGCAUUCUCGUGUGGAUCACUCGCACCCAAAAAGGUCAGAGACGCCCGACGCAACCAACAUCUUUUGAAGACCGAGCGUGUGAUGUGUGAUGUGUGUGUGACAUCCAUCCAUCCGUUGUGUUAUACAGGCGCUCGGUUGCUCGGCCUGCACGGUGGAACGGCCAAGGCAUCCAUGGUAUGGUGGGUGGGCGUUUGUGCGCGUCACGGCUGUGGUCAUAUGGGUGUGUGCGUGUGUGCGUGAUUGAUACAGGGAGAUGACGGAGGGCUGUCUGCUGCUGCUGGCCCGGCUGUUGAAGGGGGGCGACGCUGCGACGAGGGGCGAGAUAGAUGCGUGUGGCGUGCGAGCCAAAGUGAGGCAGCUCGAGGCAGUCGUGCCGGCGGCCGUCUUGUCGCUGCUGAGACCAGCCAUAAGGGAGGUAGAGUAGACUACUGAGUGAGAUACACACACUCUCGGUAGGGGGGGAUUGAUUAGUCAGUGCAGUGUGCAUGUCUAUAUUUUUUGGUUGGUAGGAUUGAGAGUAGAGUAUGACGAUUGAAUUCAUGAGAACAUCCGCAUACACACAGAUCCAUCCAUCCGUCCAUCCAUGCAGCGUCCACCACGUCUGUCGUACGUGAAU